GGAAAUAACAACUUCGUUCCCCCCGGACAAGGGAGGCCCGCAGAGGCAACGGCAGCGGCGGAACAGCGCCAGCGACGCGCGGCCGCGUCUGAGUUCACCACGGUGCCAGCCGAGCCGCCUCGCCGAGCCCCCGCCCCACCAGGCCUGCGCCCGCGCCGCCCCUCCCCCCGGCGGCCCUCGAGUGUCGGGGCGACCCCGCGCUGUGUGUGCGGUGAGGCCGCUGGCGCAGCCGAGGUGCCUCCCCCUGAGAAGCGAGCCUGCCCGGCGUCCCGUGGGGAAGAUGAGCGGCACCAGCGCCAGGUCCAGCCACCUGUCUCAGCCGGUCGUGAAGAGCGUGCUGGUGUACCGCAACGGGGACCCGUUCUUCGCGGGGCGCCGCGUCGUCAUCCAUGAGAAGAAGGUGUCCAGCUUCGACGUCUUCCUGAAGGAGGUGACCGGCGGCGUCCAGGCGCCCUUUGGGGCCGUCAGGAACAUCUACACCCCGCGGACCGGGCACCGCAUCCGGAAGCUAGAGCAGAUCAAGAGCGGGGGCAACUACGUGGCUGGGGGCCAGGAAGCCUUCAAGAAACUCAAUUACUUGGACAUAGGAGAAAUCAAGAAAAGACCAAUGGAAGUUGUUAAUUCACAGGUCAAACCAGUCAUCCACAGCAGGAUCAAUGUGUCCGCUCGCUUUAGAAAACCGCUGCAGGAACCCUGCACUAUCUUCUUGAUUGCAAAUGGAGACCUCGUAAGCCCAGCUUCUCGCCUCCUCAUCCCUAGAAAAGCCCUGAAUCAGUGGGAUCGUGUGCUACAAAUGGUUACGGAAAAAAUAACUCUGAGGAGUGGGGCUGUCCACAGACUUUAUACUUUAGAAGGAAAACUGGUUGAGAGUGGGGCAGAGUUGGAGAAUGGGCAGUUUUAUGUGGCCGUCGGCAGAGAUAAGUUUAAGAAAUUGCCUUACGGUGAAUUACUUUUUGACAAGUCAACAAUGAGAAGGUCUUAUGGUCAGAAAACCUCUUCACUACCUCCUAUUGUAGGAUCCAGGAAGUCUAAAGGGAGUGGAAAUGAUCGCCAGUCUAAGUCAACGGUUGGAUCCAGCGACAACUCAUCUCCUCAACCCGCAAAGAGGAAAGGGAAGAAAGAUGAUGUGAAUUCAGAAAAACCCACGAAAGAGAAACAAAAUGUAAAGUUAAAGGACUCACCACAACCAGUUCCAAACAGUGAUGAAGGCAUUUUCAAAGCUGGAGAAGAGAGAUCUGAGACGCGGGGGGCAGCAGAGGUCCAAGAAGAUGAAGAUACUCAAGUUGAGAUUCCAGUUGAUCAGAGGCCAGCAGAAAUAGUAGAUGAGGAAGAAGAUGGAGAGAAGGAAAACAAGGAUGCAGAACAGAAAGAAGACUUUUCAGGAAUGAAUGGUGAGGUUGAAGAGGAAGGAGGCGGGGAGGCUUCAGACACCCCUGAGCAAGUGGAGGAGAUCCUGGAUCAUGGGGAGGAGCAGGCAGGUCCCGCCCGUGUUAAUGGAGGCACUGAUGAAGAAAAUGGCGAGGAACUGGAUCAGGUUAAUAAUGAGCUUCAAGAGGCAAUGGACGAGGAAAUAAAGUCUCAAGGAGCUGGUGAUGGACAAGAUGAGGUUGACUUAGACCCUCAAGGACCACCAAGACCAGAAGUAAAAAUCACUAGUCCGCAAGAAAAUGAUAACAACGAACAAAACAAGGACUAUGCUGUCGUAGCAUAGAUGACUUUUUAAAAAGAGAGUGUAUUGAUUAUAAGAAAAAUGAAGGGUUAUAAUACUUGAAUAAUAAGUAUAUAGUUAUUGCUGAACAUAAUGUGACAAUAUGGUUGAAGACUACCUACUGAAUUUUAAAAUUAGAGGCUUAAAGGAAAGACUAGGUAACUUUGAAUAGCAACUAAAGGAGAGUGACUUUGUUAAAUGGAAUGUGGUUUUAAAAGUCAUUUAGAAAAAUUAAGUAAAAGGGAUAGAGGGGAGUUCGCGUUGGAAGAGAGUUGACCAUUUGUCUUUGUAAAGGAUGAAAAAAAAUAGGAUCCACUCCUAUUGUAUACUUUCUUAUACAUUUAGGUGCAAGAUUAUUACAUGGCAGCUUAUUCUAAAGCAUUUAUAUAAGAAGGCAUAGAAUUUUAAAGAAAUGAUAAUAGGAAAGCAUGUACUAUUUUUUUAAAGCAAUAAACUCUUGAAAAAACAAAUUGCAAUUUAGUUUCAGAGAUAAUUUGGAAAUGGCAAUACAUUGAAAUGUUUCCAUGACUUGUUGACAUUCCCUUCUUUCUCCCUCCUUAGUCAAAAUCCACCUUAAAUGAAUUAAAAAGACAAUGCAAGGUAUUAAUUUUGGAAGGAGGGAGUGUUCAUUCAGUGUAUCAGUGAUUAAUGCUGUGAUGCUGCUCCCUUAAGAGCUUCAGAUUUUAAUCCUCAUGGCUUUAGUGACACGCCUCCAGGAAGGAAUUAUAAUGGAACACCCAAUUAUAUUACUGAGCCUGGCUGGAUGGUUUGCAAAUUCUGAUAUCCUGUGGAUUUUCACUCAUCCAGUCUACCUUUACCAAUAAUAUCCCUCUCGUCUCCUUCAUGUUGUUAUAUUAGAAAACCCAAUAUUGGCUAUUCCAAAGAUUGAAUUCUCUCCAAGCAGUUUUUUUAAUUAAAAAAAAAGCAAGACAGUGUAAUAGAAAGCAGUUCCUGAUCACAAUUUUGUGGCUGAUUAAAUUAACUCACAAUUACCUUUUUAGGUAUAUGUGCAGAAAAAGUAGGCUCUGUGAAGUUUGUUACUGCUCGAUUUCUCUUGCUUUUUGCCUUAUUUCUAUUAGGACUGCCUUGUCAUGUUUUCGCCCCUAGGUAUGUCAGCAAAUAUUUGUUUUGGCAUUGUUGAAAAUGUUAAAAAAUUUGUUUAUGUUCAUGAGAUUUUUAAGCAAAUUCCUUUCUAUAUAAUUAGAAGCCAUCUAAUAGACGUUGUAGAAAAAGUUUAAAAAUUGUCAUAAUGAAACCAGUUCCUGAUCACAAUUUUGUGGGCUGAUUAAAUUAACUCACAAUUGCCUUUUGAGGUAUAUAGGCAGAAAAACAUAAUUGUAUUAGUUUUUUUGAAUUCUUAAGAGAUGAUCCAGUUCUUCCUUUAAUAUAGAAAUAAUGUAUUUUUUCUCAUAUUAAAGAAUAUUUUUGCGAAUUAUGUAGAAAUUAUAAAUUUGAAGUUUUAACUUCUAGUGCUUUCAUAGAAUUUAUUAUAAUCAUAAGUUUAAAAGAUUUCUUUUCCCCUCCAGGUUUCAUAACCAAGCAUUUGGAAUUAAAAUAGUUCUGUAAAGCACUUAAUACUGUGGAAAACAGAUAUGGCUUCCCCAGCAGCCGUUUGAAUGUUUUCCACAAAUACGAAAUAUAAGCAGAGAUUCUAAAGUGACAGUGUUGGAAAGAGAUCAUGCUCUAAGUGUGUCUUAAUCUGAGAGGAUGAGUUGUAAAUGGGGUACUAUAUUUCUAGUAUAAAAUCUAGAUUGUGCUUUCUACUAGUAGGCUUAUUUUGUUCAAAUGGGACAAUUAGGAUAAUAGACUGCUUGUUUUUUUAAUGUCAAAUUCCCAUACUAUCACUGGGCCUGGAGUUAAUGAUUUUAAAUAGUUUGUAAACAUAAGGGAUUUAGAAGCAAUUAUCACUAAUUAUCAAGGUGAUUCUUUCUCUUUUCUUUAAUGAGAAGUCUUUCUCUUUUCCUUUUUAAAUAAAAAUAUUCUCUUUGCUCCUGUUCUUUUCUUCAUUAUAUUAUAAAGCUUAGGUUUUCGGGAACUUGUUGAGUCAUCCUAAUGCAUGCAUAAUAUUAUUUUACAUGAAAAACAAAGUUUGACAUUUUAAGUAUACUUUAAGAAGGUGAUAAGCCACAAUAACUUUACCAAAAAAUUGAAAAGUGGAGAUAUAAUUCUCCUCUUCUAUGUGCAUAUUUUAUCAUCAAUUGACAAGAUAUAAUUGUGACCUAACUUGGGGGGGAUGAACAAUAGCUAAUCACUUUAAAACACUUUGCAAACAUAUGUUACUAAAAAAUAAGGGAUGAAAUAUGUCAUCUAACCAAGGAAGAAAUCAUUCACAGAGAAUGAGAAUUGUGGAUGUCAUUGGGAGAUGACUUUAACAUAAAGGAUGAAAGUUAAUUCACCUCCCAAAUGUGGACAUUUUCUCUGUGGGAAUGGUGGCCUCUGUGGCAGGCUGCCUCCACAAAUCAAGUGAGACUCCCUGACAGCUUUAGAGCCCACUUAUGUGAAUGAGCAGAGGAGGUCUUGGCCAGGCUUUAGGUCUUGUUUCGUGGAGAGAGGGCGCCAUGAAAAACUCACAUAGCUUUGAUGAGAUAACCAAUAAAAUGCUUUAAGGUGUUAGUGUUUUGUGAUGCUGUGUACAUUGAUUUCAUAGUCCUGAUUUUAUGGAACUCUUUUCGUAUACUUAAUUGAGUUUUAAGCCAUUUGUAAACAACUGGUUUGUUAGUUGAAUUGGAACAUUAGGGAUUUUGCAGAGCAAAUAAAGAAGAUUUUAACUAAAGUCAUUUUCAUGCUAAGUGCAUUUUAGCUGGCUUUGCUUCCAUUAAAAUAGCUAUUGAGUGUCCAUGGGACUUCUAGUUAUAAAACAUGCAGUGAUGGCCAUAGGAUGACUAUUUAUUGACUUUUUUUUUUUAAUGUUUUUUGGGGAAUAUUAGAAUGCCAGACUCACAGGAAGAGAAUGAUACUUUCAUGCCUCCUGUUUUAUUCUGAGUGUGUGUUCCCACUAUGGUCUGUAAAGACAGAGCCGUCCCAUAUACAUGUAGCUCAGAGUCAGUCAGAUAACUCUGGGGGCUCACGAUGGUGAAGCUAUAGUCGUGUGAAAUUAUUCAUGUUCACUCUUCCAGCUGACAGCUCAGAAACCAACAGCCUUGGAAAUUUCACUAAACGACCUACCUUGUCCACAAAGGAUGAAGUUCAUUCACCUAAGAAACAUCUGUGUAUGUAAAAUUGUGGCUGCAGAACAGCAGGAAGACUUCUUUAUCUUGUUAACUGAUUCUCCUAAAGAAUUAGCUCUAUACAUUCAUUUUUUGCUUAAUAAGUAGCAAAAGCAAAUUUUUAAAAGUACAUUAAUUGCUCAACAGGUCUCAACUGUUGCCAAUCUGAACAGAAAGAGAAGAGAUAGAUCUACAUAUGUGCAUAGCAAACAAGUAUACAGAUGCACUCACACACUUUAAAAUAUUGAAAAGGCCUCGUCAGGCACAGCGUUAUUAAUAGAAUAAGGCUCUUUUGAGAGAAGCAAUGCAUAAGAACACAUGGAGAGGAGAUGCUGAGAAAUGAUAUAUUAUUUCAUGGUGCUUUAAAACUUGGUUCCUGAAGACCUUAAGAGAUUUAAAAUUCUUCUCAAAAUAAGGAAGUUACCAGCAUUUUAAUGAAAAAUUUGUUCUAGGAGGAGAUUAUAUAUAUAAUCUAUAUGUAUAAUACGCAUAUAUAUAUAAUCUUGUUUUAAUGAAGUAACUACAGAGUAUAGUUCUUUAGUUCUUUGUCAUCAGCCUUAAGUACCAAAUAUUUUAGGCGCAAAAUAUUUUAUACCAACACAGGCUCUAUCAAAAGAUUAUUACUCUUUGUGAAUGUGUGUGUAUGAUUUACAUGAAUGUAGAGAGGACUCUUUUUUGGUACCAAGGACCCAGGUUCACUAUGAAUAGGAUAAAAGACUGAUUUAUUAGUCCCCUAGCGGAUCUAAUAUUCAAGUUCAGUGUGGAAGCUUUUUAGCUUCCUUGUGUGAAUGUAAUGUCCUGGAACGGAACCAUUUUUUUCUUUUAAAGGUUAGUAUGUUUUUCUGAGGUGAUGAGCAUAUGCGAUUCUUUGUUAUUAAAUAUCAUUUUUGUAAAUACUGUAAGAUUUGUGCUUUUCAGAAAAUAUCCAAAGUAUGUAGAUUGGUCUGAUUUUUGUUCUGACCACAUGAAAUUUGUGUAUUUCCUACUGCGAAGUCUACGUAACUCGGAUGGAGGAUGAAAGUGUGUCCCCACAUGUUGAUGAGGAAGAAAAAUAUUGUUUUUGAAGAGGUAUACCGUCUAAUAGGAUAUAGAGAAUUAGAAAAGAAUAGAAAAAUGUCUUGAUAACCAUAAAGCAUGUUUAAAAUCAGGAAGUAACUAAUGGAGCUCCAUUGACUUAAGCCAACAACAGCCUUAGCUUCAAUCUAAGCAUGGGGCAGAAUGAAUUCUCUCCAGUUUCAUCAGCUUCAACCACAUAGUUCAAUUGAAUGUUUGAGUUAUUGUCACACAUGUUAUGGCAUAUGGGAAGAGGGAAUGACUAUAGUCAAUUUUAGAAGUUUGGAGAAAACCUAUUCUGUUUCUUUGCUUCAGUGUUUUUCUUGUACCUUAAAUCCUUAAUAUGUACAAUGAUAAUGGGUGAUUAUUGAUGUUCUGAGUAAAGAUUAAAUUGAGCUCAUCAUUUUUAUAUGAUUUAUGUUUAGAGCUUCUCUUUGUAAGGAAAAUUAUUUGUGCUUUGAUCAAAGAAUGAGCAUUUAGGUUUUUACUUCUAUAUCAGCCCUCACUCUGAAAUAUAAAAGUUUACUGUAUCUUUUGAGUAAAUAGAUCUGCAUUUUAUAUAAUUAAAAUGUGUCUGGAUGGUUUAUUGUUUGUUUAUGAUGUGUUGCUAAUUUUUCAUGUAUUAAUUCUUUGCAUGACAUUUUUCACAAACACAAUAGAAACUGUUUGAUUUAAACCAUGUGUAAAUUCAGCACAUUAAAAGAUAUUUCUGUUUCUAUUUGGCAUGGCUAAUAAACUUCACUAUGUAGAGAAAAAAUUUUACAUUUCCAAUACAUGUUGUUUAGUUGAUAAAAAUUUCAGGUUUAUUUAAAAAAAAAAUCAUUGUUUUUUAUUGUAUGAAAUGGUGUUAGAGAAACACAGGUCCAGAAUUUUUGUUAUGAUACGUAAAGAUAUCUUUAAAAACAGAGAAUAAAUUUCACACAUUAUGCACAGUUGUGUAGAUCUAGC